AUGACUUCCUCAAUUCAGAAGAACCUCGCGAGCAAGAAUGCUGAAUAUGCUAGCAAGUUCACUAAAGGCAACCUUGCCCUUCCACCAGCCAAACACUAUCUGAUCUUGACCUGUAUGGAUGCUCGUAUCGACCCGGCUGCCGCCUUUGGUAUCGACCUUGGUGAUGCCCACGUUAUUCGAAACGCUGGCGGUAGCGCGAGAGAUGCUCUACGAUCCAUCAUCAUCUCGCAGCAACUGCUUGGGACGAAAGAGAUCGUACUUAUCAAGCACACUGGGUGUGGCAUGUUGACGUUUUCCAACGAUGAUGCUCAUAGUCUUGUGAAGAAAAAUUUAGGACCAAGCGCCGCUGCAGAAAUUGCCACCCUCGAUUUCCUCCCCUUCACCAAUUUAGAUAACGCUAUAAAGGGAGACGUUGAUUACUUAAAGAGGAGCGCCGCUGUGCCAGGCGACGUGGUUAUUAGCGGUUGGGCAUAUGAGGUUCAGACCGGCACAGCGAGGCAAAUCGUAUGA